CGACGCUCUUCCAUCUCAGCCUUUUGGUUUUCUUUAGCUAAUGUCACUGCCUCUUGGUACCUGGCAGGGCUUCACUUUCCUUUGCAGUAAUGGCGUCGAUUAUUGCGUUCUUGGUGGCCUGUUUCUUGUUGUGAGACUUCUUGACAUUGGCCGCAAUUGAUGCUGGACGUUUGCGUGAUGCAGGUGAUGAGGACGAUAGGGAGGAUGGUGCGGUGUUGGCUGUUUCUGUUGAUAUUGGGACAGUGGCUGUAUCAUCAGUGCUAUUAUCUCGCGAUGGUAGUGAAUCGAAUGUUGGCUCGUAGCUGUCGUUGUCGUGGCUGUCAUGAUAGUAUCAAUCAAAAAGCGCACGAUCUUCUUCUGGCAAACAAAGAAGUUCCUGUGGCUCGUGGUCAAGCAACGCUGGAGUCGAACGAGCCUCCGGAACAGGGUGGAUUACGACCGGCUCAUCAUCGUCAAGGUCACCGGUGUCGACACUGGCCAAGGGCAUGUUGUUGAUACGAUUUCCCAGCACAUUUAAGAGCUCCAAGAAACAGG